GGUCACGUGACAGUCAUGCCGGCCAUGCGGAAGGAAAACAAACUGGUGAAGCUGCGGCGGCUCGGCGAAAACACCAAGUACGGCGUCGCGGCGAGCGGUUUGAAAGAGCUCGUAAAGAAAGGCUGUGACAUCCUACAGGUGCCAGCGAAGGGCGCCCACGCGUGCCUCUACGAAGACGGGACGGUGGUCAGCGAGGCCUAUUUCAGAACCCUUCCCAACGACACAGAACUUGUUCUGCUGGCCAAGGACCAGACAUGGGGUGGAUUCGUGUGCGAUGUCGGCCUUCUGCUUGGCUCUUCGGACCGGCACGCAGACCUUCUGAUCAGUUCGGCCAAGAGCCUCCUCACGGAUGAAGAGUCUCCGAAGAGGCGCAAGAUCCUGCAGGACCUGCUGCACAACCUCGAGGACAACUCCGAGCGCGAGGCACGAGAGGACGAUGGCGACUGGUUCCAGGGAAUUGACACUCGAUUUAAGACCAAAUCUGCUUACCUCAAGUACAGCUGUGAAAGCAGAAUACGCGGAUAUCUGAAAGAGGUUGAUGGAUACACUCCGACCAUCCAGAACUCUAAAGCGCGGGUGGAGUAUAAGAAGGUUGUGGAGAACAUGCUGGAGAAGCUGAAGGCUGUCAAGUACAACAGCUGCUACUUUGACCGGAAGGAGACAGAAGGCAAGCGCCUGUGUACUGAGCAGGGCUGGUUCUCCUGUCAGGGGGCAUUUGACAAGAAAAGCUGUCCAGCUCUGCACUCCAUCAAUCCUUACGGUAACAGGGAGAGCAGGAUCCUUUUCAGCACGUGGAACCUUGACCACAUGAUUGAGAAGAAACGCACAGUCAUCCCCACGCUCGCAAAAGCCCUACAGAACCACAGCAGCGACGACAUCAACUGGGAGUAUUUCUACCAGCUGCUGUUCACACGAGAGAACCUCCGCCUGGUGCACAUCGUCUGUCACAAGAAGAGUGUUCACGACCUGCAGUGUGACAGUAGGAAAAUAUACAAGAAAGCCAAAAAGAAAAAAAAUUAAUCCAUCAGUUGCCUUU